AUGCGUUAUCAAGCGGAGCUUGGAGACGUAGACUUCAUCACAGGUGAUUAUCUUGCAGAAGUCAACAUAGCCGAGAACGCACAGGCUCAUGCCGCUGGUACGCAUCCUGGAUGGGAGCAGACGGCUUGGGAUGGUAUCGAGCAGACUAUUGAUCUUUUGGCUGAGAAGAGGAUCAAGGUCGUUGUUAAUGGCGGAGCGCAUGAUCCGAGGGGCUUGGCGGAGAAAACACAGGAACUGGUUACGAGUAAGGGACUGGAUCUGAAGGUUGCAUUUGUGCUUGGCGAUAAUUUGACCGAGGAGAUGAGCGACGUCCGCGAGAAGGGUUUGCCGCCACAUCUCGACUCUGAUAACAGAGACGUCGCCGUUGCGGAACACACGCUGGAUCUGCUGGAGAAGGAUGACAAGCCGAUUGUCAGUGCGAAUGCGUAUCUCGGUGCUCGCGAGAUCGUCACGGGUCUUGAGCAGGGUGCGGACAUUAUCAUCGCAGGGCGAGUCGCGGAUGCCAGCCCGGUCAUUGGUGCAGCCUGGUACUGGUAUGGCUGGGCCGACACAGGCUAUGACGAACUUGCCGGGGCGCUCAUUGCUGGCCACUUAAUCGAGUGCAGUGGCUACGUAACAGGAUCGAACUUCGCAGGCUUCUACGAGUAUCCCCUAGAGGAUCUGUUCGACAUUACCUUUGGUAUUGCUGAGGUCGAGAAAGACGGGAUGUGUGUCAUUACGAAGCAUGAUGCGAAGAAGGGAUUCGUGACCGAAGACACUGUGAAGUGUCAGUUUUUGUACGAGCUGCAGGGCAACAUAUACCUCAACAGCGAUGUCAAAGCAAUACUUGACAACGUUGAGGUCAAGGCGGAGGGUAAGAACCGAGUCCGUGUCUGGGGCAUCAAGGGCGCGCCUCCACCUCCAACGACAAAGUUGGCCGUCUUUUACCGCGCCGGCUAUCAAAGCGAAAUCGUCGUAAACGCAACCGGCUACGGCACUGCUGAGAAGUUCGACCUGUACGAACGAAUGCUCAAGUUCGGCCUCAAGCGCCUCGGCAUCCUGGAUAAAUUCGAUGUCUUGGAGUUUCAGCGCAUCGGCGUGCCUGAGUCGGACCCCAGAAGCCAGCUGAGGUCGACAACGUAUCUGCGCAUCUUCGCUGAGGCGAGUGAUGCGAACGUGAACCUAGGACUAGCCAGUCUUCUGGGCGAGUUUGCGAUGCAACAUUACUCCGGCUUCCACAAGCUUUCGUCCUUCGGUCAGACAACACGAGCAAGACUUGGCGAUAUUGUACUUGCGCGCAGCGGCGACAAAGGCGGCAAUGCGAAUAUUGGCUUCUUCAUCCCCACUCAGCUGCCUUCAGCCUAUCCUGCUUCCUCAAGCCUUUACACCGAGUCGUGGGACUGGCUACGAGCAUAUCUUACGAUCCCGAAGCUGAAGGAGAUGUUUGGUGAAAGCUGGAGCGAUAAGUUCUACAUCGAGCGAGUCGAGUUUCCGAAGAUUAUGGCAGUGCACUUUGUGGUGUAUGGCGUGCUCGGUAGAGGUGUAAGUGGAAGCAGCAGGCUCGACUCUUUUGCGAAGGGCAUGGGCGAUUGGCUCAGAGACGUUGAGGUCGAUGUGCCGGUCAAGCUUCUGGAAGGGCGGAGGAAUGUAUCAAGUGCGAGUGAAGUGGAUGGCUCCACACUUUAGAUAUGCUGACAUCAUUUUCGCGAUGCAAGAAUGAAGUUGUGGUUGCAAAAGGGAUGCUGCAAAAGGGAUG